AUGGAUGAAGCGGCUCCUUUGGAUGGGACUGGAGUUGAGAAUCUGGUGUACAACGUGCUCGAGAAUGUUCAGGGCUUAGCUAUUCCGCAGUAUUAUGCGAAACAUAAGUUGGCAAUGCCCCAUGGAGAGUCUACCCAUGUGAUUCUCAUGGAGUAUAUCAAAGGAACAACUCUCGCUCAGCUACAAGACAAGUAUCCGAGCCACGAUACCCCUCGAUAUAAUCCCUUGCCUCAGAAGUCCUAUAGUGAAUGGCUCGAUAUGGCAAAAGAGCUCUACAUUUCAGCGCUAAGAGGCAUGUCUGCAAUUUCCGAGCGUAAAGUAAUACACUACGACCUCAAGCAGGAGAAAUAUGAUGAUCGCAUCUACAACAUCCCUGAAGCAGGUCGUGACCUCAUCGAUGCCCAUGAGAACUGUUAUCGCUCCGUGGAAUUGCUGACAGGCUGCUGCAAGGGUUUGCCUCAGUUCACUCUGGAAACUCCCCUUCAGAGCGGGACGAACUGGUGGUCCCAAGUCUGGAUGACCGAGGUCCAGAAGCGCGGUCGGACUGUGUCGCUCGGAAGCAUCGUGUUGAAGAUCUUCCAACCACCUCUUCUCCCGUCUUCCUACUUGGAUGACCAGAGAUAUGUAACUGUCAAGUGUCCGAACCCUAGACGAUUGGCACGGAUCGAGAAUUUGGCUUAUACCGAGUUGGAAUCGCUACAAGGAUCUGUGAUACCAUAUUAUUAUGGGCUCCAUAAGGCGAGUUUCGAUCAUUACUAG